UGUGAGGAAGAGACCGACGAUUGACCGGAGAUUCCGUGGGAAACGACCUAUGUUAUGUAUCCUAAUUCAUGUAUUUGUUAGUUGAGUAUGUUUAUGAAACAAAAAGUGUGUUGUGGAAUUUAAUCGCGUGCGAUGGGAGUCACCGGUCUGUGGCGGCUGGUUGAGCCCGCGGGGAAGCCGGUACCAGUCGAGACUUUGGAGAACAAAGUACUCGCUGUGGAUAUCUCAAUAUGGUUGCAUCAGGUUGUGAAAGGUUAUCAAGAUGCCAAGGGAGCACCUUUACCAAAUGCCCAUCUCAUAGGUCUCUUCCAACGUCUCUGCAAGCUGCUCUAUUUUAGAAUCAAACCUAUAUUUGUUUUUGAUGGUGCCUUUCCAGAACUGAAAAAAGAAACUAUUGCAAAACGACAAGAUAGUAAAAACAAGUACCAUUCUGAGUCAGAGCGCCUAAAAAGAGAGUUAGCCAUUCUACUCAGCAAGAAAACUGCACUUGGCAGCUUGUUGGGCAAGCAGAUAUCUCCGACUAAGAGGACUAAUCCAGUCAAUAAAGAACAAGAUGACUUGUUCAAGUUGCCAGCCUUGCCACAGAAAGAGGAAUCUGAGUCAGAGUCAUCAGAUGAUGAAGACACAUCAAGUGGCUCCAUUGUGGAUUUACACUCUGUGGACCUUCAGUCCGACAGCUUCAAGAAUUUGCCAACAAAAGAAAAGUAUGAUCUGCUUAUUGAAUUGAAGGAAACAAGAAAAAUGAACUCAUGGGGCAAACUUCACACACUGCCAAAGAAAAGUGACAACUUUUCUGAUUUCCAAAUGCAGAGAUUACUGAAAAGGAGAAAGGUCCAAGAAUGUAUAGAAGAAACAGAAAAAGAAAUGGGAGAUAUUGGAAUGUCAAUGAAUGAAUUAGAAUCUUUGCUGAAUGAAGAAGGCAUUGACACGAAGAUAGAGAGCUUACCUACUCGACGCAUCGCGUCUAAUAAUAACACUAGGUAUUUACUCAUUAAUAAUGUUAGAGAAGCGUUGGCAAAGGCCAAAGAAAGGAAAGAAGCAGAUAAUAAACCACAGACAAGCACAAAAGAAUCUCUACCCACAGAAAAGCCAGGUAAGCAUGAUGAAUUGGAAGAUGAUCUGCAAAAGGCCAUUCAAAUGUCUUUAGAAUGUGCUGAUGAACCCAAUACAAGUGGAUGUCAAUCUAAGACUGAUGACUCUUGGACCUCAGUUUUAACAGACACAGAUUACUCUGAUAUGAGCGAUUCUGAAGAUGAACUAGAACAGCCAGACUUGUCCACCGCAAAAGCGUACAUUAUGCAAUAUAGUGAUUACACACAUAAUGCCAUUGAAAAAAUUGUUACUCAUCGACCGAAAAGUGGAAAAACUAAAUCGAAGGCACCAGAAGUAGACCAAAUAUUAAAAGAAAUUAAUAGUGAAAAGUCAAUAAUUGCUGAUAAUGUAGAACUAUCUUCUAGUGAUGAAGAAUCACGACCAGAAAUAAUUCAUUAUGAAAAUGCAGAUAGAAAGAGUAUUGGGUAUGAAAAGCAGAUAGAAGAUACACUGGAUGAAAGAGAUGAAAAUGUAGAAUCUACUCAAGCAUCAGUUAUGUUUGUUGAAAAUACUGAGCCAGAUUUAAUAUCUUUAGACUCUGAUGUUGAACAGCCUAUUGAAGAAAAGGAAACAGACAAAAGUUUUAAAGUUAGUGAUUUAGAGUCUAGUAGCGUUGGCGAAUUUGAAGUAGUACCUGAAGCAAUAAAACAAACAGUGAAUACCAUGAAAGAGAGUGAUAAUGCUAAGGAUCUAGAGUCUAGUGAUACCGAUGAUGAGUUUGAAGAAGUACCUGAACUAGAAGAUAAGUCACGCAAGCCUAUCGUAGAACUUACGCUAAAAGUGGAUGACAUUCCAAAUGAUGAAGAAGAUAUUUUUGCAGAUGUUUUUUCACCCAUUGUAAAUUCCAAUAGCUUUAAAAAACCUUUAAUCAAUACUUUAGAAAAUAUUGUACAAAAAAAUGAACCACCGACUGACUAUACGAUUAAAGCCCAACCUAGACUAAUACCAAAAGAUAAUACCGCUCAGCAAAAAAAAGCGACGGAACAAGUAAAGAAUGAAGAAAACGAUCUAUCUACAGAUGAAGACGAUGAACUACAGAAAGCCAUACAAAUGUCAUUAGAAUGUGUUGAGGUAUCUAAUGCAAACACGAAAGUAAUAAAGGAAUCAUCAGCCAGAGCACGACCAAACAAACAAAAUGACAACGAAGUCAGCAUAGCUGCCAAACAUUAUUUUAAGGAGAAUAUAAUAAAGGAUCAAGUUUGUACAGAAAAUGAAAAGUAUGUAUCUAAUCCUGUCUCUGAACCAAUAAUAACAGAAUCAUCCUUGGUUAUUCAACCAGAGAAACAAAAGGAUGAUGGGGUAGUCAAUAUUGAAAGCGUUCACAAAAACGACACCAUUGACACUAACAAUGAGGAGUCUAACCAAGAACAUGUUAAUAACGAUAAACCAGUAGAAACAAAUAAACAGCCAAAAGAACCUUUAACUACUGAACAACUGAACUCAAUGGUAGAAGAGAUUCGAAGUGAGGAACAAUAUUUGAACCAAGAAAAAGGCAGACUGGAUCGCAUAGGAAGAAAUAUCACUGAACAAAUGACAAAAGAGGCCCAAGAAUUAUUGCAAAUUUUCGGUAUUCCGUACAUUGUAGCGCCAAUGGAGGCUGAAGCUCAGUGUGCAUUUCUAGAGAGUGUCAAAUUGACAGAUGGUACUAUUACCGACGAUAGUGAUAUUUGGCUAUUUGGAGGGCAAACAGUUUAUAAGAAUUUCUUCAAUCAAAAGAAACAUGUCUUGCAGUAUGUCUCUGAAAGGAUAGAGAAAUCGUUCAAUUUAAACCGGGAGCAGUUGAUAUUGCUGGCGCUCUUGGUCGGGAGUGACUACACAACAGGAGUGGCCGGCGUUGGUCCAGUGACAGCCAUGGAAAUUCUAGCCUCCUUCCCUUUCAACAAGAAGCAAGUGCUUUCAGAAACAUCCAAACAAGUCCGAUACGCCAAGUUGUUGGAUGGCUUGAAAGAAUUUAAACUUUGGGUUAAAGCAGGAAAGAGGACUGAUAACACAAGUUUGAAGAAGAAACUGAGAAAUGUUAUUCUGUCAGAGGACUUUCCUAGUAUUCGAGUUGUUCAAGCAUAUAUGGAGCCGAAUGUCGAGAAAAGUGAAGACAAAUUUACAUGGGGCGACUUAGACAUAACUGUGUUAAGAGACUAUGCAAAAAGCAAGUUUGGAUGGUCUCAACAGAAAUUUGAUGAGAUUAUCAAACCUGUGCUAGCAAGAAUGAAAGAUAGGAAGAAUCAAAAGACGGUUCAUGAUUAUUUCAAAAGGAGAAUAGAAUUCCAAACAUUGGAGGAUCAAAUGAGUAAGAGAGUUAAGGCAGCGGUGCAGAAAAUGGGUCCGGAAGGACAAAAUGCCGACGCAAAUCCUACUGAUGGAGGAAAUGUAAAAACUACUAAGAAACGAAAGAAACUUGUUAGAACUUCAACGGAAAAUGAAGCCGGACCUUCUAAACUAAAACAAAAGAAAAAACAAGUAGAAGAUUCUAACCAAGUUGUCAAAGUAGUUGAAGUUAAAGAUGGCGAAACGGGCAUAGAAAUCAACGUACCAAAGACUGAUAGAUAUCAAGAGAUUAUUCCACAAAGAGAGAAAGAUAAACAGCAUCUGCUUGAAAAUAAAAUGAAAGCUAUUGAGAUCUUCAGGAAGACCACAAUAGACCGUAAACGUAAACCCAAGAAAAGGAAGCCCAUUUUGCCAAAAGACAAGGCAGAUUUGUCUGAAAGCAGCUGCAGUGAUUGAGUUUGUCUUUGUUAUUUUUAUGUGGCAUGUUACUUAUUUAUAAAGGUAUAGCAAAUAAAAAUAUUUUUUUAUAAAA